AUGUAAUACUAAUAAUAUAGCAUGGCUGAAACAAUUCGGCAUAGAGAUUCGGUAUUUAAUGAUGGUCAAAGUCUUUGGUGUUAUAAUUUGUAGAAUCUAUUUAAGUAAAAAAACUAAAGAACUUUUUUUGUAAAAACAUUAAAUAAAUCAAAAACCAAAAACUUAUCAUUAGGGGAUUCUCAUAUAUAGUAUUCAUAGCAUGUAUUAAUUCAAUGAAAUAUUAGAAAUACAUAAGUCUAGUCAAUUCCUUUCUAAAAAUAUUAUUUAAACAUAAUGAAGUAGUUGGAUUUGUUUUGGAAAAGAAUGAUCACACAAUUGAAAUCUAUGGAGAUACUUAAGAAUGGAUAGAUUAAUUUAAAAAUUUAACCAUAUAAUUAGAUUUCACAUCUACUUAUAAAAUUGUUAAGAAAAUUGGACAAGGAAUAGCAGCAUAAGUAUAUUAAGCUACUAAUAAAACAAAUAAACUAAAUUUUGCUGCCAAGAUAUUUGAAAAAAAGAGAAUUUUAUUGGAAGAAACAGAAAUUAUAGCUAUUAAUAAAGAAUUGUAGUAUUUAAGAUUAUUAUAACAUCCAAAUAUAAUUAGACUUUAUGAAGUAUUUGAAAACAAACAACAUAUCAUUUUUAUAACAGAUUUAUAUUAAGGAGGGGAACUUCAUCAUUCUUUGAGUAGAUAUGGUUUAGAAGAAAAUCAAGUAGCUGAAGUAAUAAAACCAAUCAUAACAGCAAUUAGUUUUAUGCAUUCUAAAGGUAUUUUUCAUAGAGAUUUAAAACCAUAAAAUAUUAUGUUAAAAGAAAUAGAUGCAUUUGAUACUAUCUCUUUAAUUGAUUUAGGAUUGGCAGACAAAUUUACUAAAGAAGGAAAGUACUUAUAUAAUAGAUGUGGAACACCUGGAUAUGUUGCACCUGAAGUUUUAUAAGACAAAAAAUAUGAUCUUAAAGUAGAUGUAUAUAGUAUUGGAAUUAUUACAUAUCUUGCAUUAACAGGAAAGGAACCAUUUGCUUCAAAUAAUUAUGAAGAAUUAGUAUAAAAAAAUUAUGAUGGCAGAAUUAGUUUAAUCAAUUUAAAUGUUUCUGAAAAUUGCAUUGAUUUUUUGAAGAGAACUCUUUGCAAGGAUAAUAAAUUGAGAUUAUCAUCUGCAGAAGCAUUGGAACAUCCUUUUAUUACUUUUGGAAAAGGAAAUCACAUAUUUUAAACUACUAAAGGAGCCACAACUUAAAGAAUGAGUAUGACUUCUUUGAGAUGCAGUACAGAUGCUUCAUCUGAAAAUGGAUCUAUUCCAAAAACUUUUAGAGGCAAAAUAUAAUAAUAUAUGAAUACUUUCUAAACUCUUAAAUCUGAUAUAAAUUAAGAAGUCAAAAAAGAGAAGGAAGAAAAUCUGAAAAAGAGAAAAGAAUUUUUUAUAAGAAAAUCACAAUUACUCAAGAUCAAAUAAAUUAACAAUAAGCCUAAUUUUGAAUGA